AUGGUACUACAGUAUGAUGAGAGCGUUCGCAACCUGCUGUAUCGGAGAUCUUGCCAAUACACGCAGGGUGAGCGCUCUGGAGGCCACGUCGAGGAGGCCGCCGACCUCGUCGAGAAGCUCAGGCUUGCAGAGCUGAGGGGGGAUGCUAUCGCUGAAGCCAUCCGCUCGACAUGUCGGCAGGCGAGACGCGACCUGUUUGAAGACUCUCUGAGCGAAUGGAGCUCAGAGUCGAGAGCAUGGUUUACUCAACAGAUGGAGGAGGCCAAGAAGCAGAAUGUCGAGACAUACAUCGGCACCGAAGGCACCGAGGGGACCUCCUUCAUCUCCAUGACUCUCCUAGGGAUUUCCUCGAUGUUUGUUCGACAAGAAGAAAAGUUGAAAUCGAAGCUUAUGGAGCUAGGUCUCAUGGUAGACUCAGUCGAUGGAGUCGACAAGGCCAUCAUGUGGAAAGCACCUUACAGACCUGAGAUAGCACGAGCAGACGACAUCUCAGUCACCGUCUAA